AUGCAUCAUAAACAUAUUAAACAACAAAAACGAAAAAGAUUAUCGCCUAAUUCGAAGACUAGACGUAAACGAAACAAUACUUCUCGGAAAUCACAAUACUCUAAAUUAAAAGUUCUUAACAAAAUUAAAUCAACUCAAGCUCGAAAGAAAACUAGAAGAAAUUCAACAUCUCGACCACAAUCAAAAAGAAAACAAUAUAUUCUUGAAAAACGAGAUAGAACAACAUCAUUAAUGGCAUUGCAAGCACUAGCUGCAAAAAUAGCUAUGUAUAAAAAAAAGUAUGGCAAUAUCGAAACACGAAAUUCAUCAAUAAUUGUACCUUCUAAACAACGUAAUAAACGUUUUCUAUGA